GUACUUUCAAGUUUUAGUUUCAAACGUAUUUGUAAUAUAAAUUGUGUAACAUAGGAUUAAACCGGUUUCAGCGCGGUGUUAUACAGGAAUUCGCUACCCACACCAAAGAAUGUAUAUUUGCUUAUUGUAAAUCAAUGCACUGUUACUGAUGGCACCCCUCCUAUAAUUUCUGGAAGGCUACGAGUCUGUGCCCUGAAGGUUUCAAACAUUUUUCUACCCUCUAUGAAUAUCAGAAAUUUUGUGAAGGCAUUGUUACGAAAAAAACAACUUUCCAGUAGUGAUUGUAAAGAAACCAGUCUUCAUCGAUGUCUUUCAGUUUUUGAUCUAACUGCUUUAGGUAUUGGGAGUACUUUGGGUUUAGGCAUCUACGUGUUGGCUGGCCAAGUUGCAAGUACUAAAGCAGGCCCUUCAGUUGUAUUGUCAUUUUCUGUUGCAGCUGUGGCUUCACUAUUUGCAGGGCUAUGUUAUGCUGAAUUUGGUGCACGGGUGCCUAAGGCAGGAUCAGCUUAUGUAUACAGUUAUGUCACUGUUGGAGAACUUAUGGCAUUUGUAAUAGGAUGGAACCUUAUUCUGGAAUAUGUGAUAGGGACAGCUUCAGUAGCCAGAGGUUAUAGUGGAUACAUUGACUCACUAAUCAAUAACUCAGUACAGAAUAAAUUGAAAGAACUUCUCCCUCUUCAUCUUCAUGGAAUAUCUGAAUAUCCUGAUUUUCUUUCACUUGGAGUAACAUUAUUACUAACUUUGAUGUUAGUCAUCGGUGUGAAGGAAUCAUCUCGCUUCAACAAUAUUUUUGUGGUGUUGAAUUUGUGUAUUGUGCUGUUUGCUGUUAUUGCUGGAUCAUUCAAAGCUGAUAUCCAUAACUGGCAAUUAUCAAAAUCUGAGAUACCUUCUACUAAUAAAAGCUACAACUAUGGUGAUGGGGGAUUUUUUCCUUAUGGAUUCUCAGGAAUGAUGCGAGGAGCUGCUACAUGUUUCUAUGCUUUUGUAGGUUUUGAUAUUAUUGCAACAACAGGUGAGGAGGUUUAUAACCCUCAAAAAGCAAUUCCCUUCAGUAUCAUCUUGUCUCUGUUGGUGACAUUUCUAUCAUAUUUUGGAGUAUCAAGUGUGCAAACUCUGAUGUGGCCAUAUUGGGACCAGAAUCGAGCAGCUCCUCUUCCUUAUGUGUUUGAAAUGGUUGAGUGGCAUAUAGCCAAGUGGAUUAUUUCUGUUGGUGCUUUGGCUGGUUUGUCGGCAAGUCUUUUAGGUGCAAUGUUUCCUCUUCCAAGAAUACUGUAUGCAAUGGCCACUGAUGGGCUUAUUUUUCAACAGCUGGCUACUGUCCAUGACCGAUUCAAGACUCCAGUUAUAGCCACAGUCAUAUCGGGAAGUUUUGCUGGUUUGAUGGCAAUGUUAUUUGAUGUUAAUGAACUAGCUGAUAUGAUGUCUAUUGGUACACUUUUGGCCUACACCCUGGUAGCAGUGUCAGUACUUCUCUUACGGUACAAAGCAAGUGAAGAAUAUAUUGAACUCAAAUCACCUACAAGGAGUCUUGAAAAAAGUGAUACAGCCCCAUCUUUUGAAACUUAUCUGUCAGACAGUUCAUUAGACCACGCGACAACAUUAAACUCUGGAUUUGUUGUGGAUAAUGGCAUGCUGUUGUCCACAGAAGACUACACUGGUCGGCAGAUUCUGCAGCAAAUAUUCAACUUUAAUAAUCUUAGCAAACCAACCUAUUUGUCAUCACAAGUCAGUACUUACUUGGUGGCAGGAAUUGUAUUGGUGGUGUUGGCCUUUCAUUGUUUCCUGGUUGGAGUUGAAGAUCAGCUUAGCUCUUUAGAAAUUCAGGUUAUCAUACCAGGAAUAAUUUUGGCUCUACUAUUGUUGAUUAUUUUAGUAGCUCUUUGGCUUCAGCCUUCAAGUAUUGGAAACCUGUCAUUUCAGGUACCUUUUGUCCCAUUCAUUCCUUUUCUGAGCAUUUUUAUCAACCUGUACCUGAUAACGAAGCUUUCCAAAGCUACUUGGAUCAGGUUUGCUGUCUGGAUGUGUAUUGGUUUUAUCAUCUACUUUGGCUAUGGAAUUAGGAGAAACUCUAACUAUCAUCAGCCAAAAGAUUUUCAAGCCACCGAUGAUAGCAAAUGUGAUGAUGAAACUAAGAGUGGUAAUGAAGAAUCUCCAUUAAUAAACUAGACAAAAGCUGAGAGCAUUUAUAUUAUAGGAAAACAGUAUGUAUUUUUAUGUUACAGAAAACUGUGUACUUUUUUCCAGUUUUGCAUCAACUUUUGAAGAAUAUGUGAAUAAUUGGUAAUAUGUUUCCAUCAUAAGUGAAUGUUUUUAUGAAAUAAAAAAAAUGUAGCAAAGAUAAUAUUUUUACUUGGCACUGGCAUAUCAGAAAUGAUGAUGUUUUUGUUUUUUUCAAUUUGGGUAACUCAAAAUCUAAAAUUAUUUAUACAGCUUUGGAUAUUCAGUCAACAUUAGAUAUAGAAGAUUUACUUUCAUUAAAACCUUCAGUGAUCAUUAUAGAAAAUUUAACGUUUUUUUUCUCAGUAAUAUGGCAGUAUGCUAAAACACAGAAAUUGCUUAAUAAUAUUUCGGUAAUAGUGUGGACUAUCGUUUAACAUAAAAUUUUUGUUAGUAUUAUUUAGGUUAAAAAAUAUUAUAAUGCAUUAUAUUUUCAAAACAGGUUUGACCGUAUAUUUGAUGUGUUGACAUUGUUUCUAAGACUUUUUCUGUCCACUGUCUUGGUGUUAAGAUCAUGUUUGGGCUUUGUUAUGAGUCAAACCUGAAGAAAGACUCACCAUAGACUAUCAAAUCAAUGUGGAAAAAAAGACAAACAAAUCCAUAAGAAAUAACCUUAACACAUAACACAUUUUUCUGUUUUUCCAAUUAAGAAUUGUGUUGAAAGUGUGGCCUUUGAAGAUUUUGUAGUAUUAUCAAGUUGAUUCAUUUAUUUUGACUGUAAGAUUGUAAAUGGAAAUCAGAUUUAAAAAUUAUUUAGUUUACUGCUAUAUUAAACGAAGAAUGUUUCAAAGUAGAUUGAGUUGAAAAUGUAGUAAUGAUUAUACUUGUUGCCAUCAAAAAUAAGACCAAGAUUAAAUUUUAGCAAAUAUUUUGAUAAAUAUAUUUAAUAUUUAUUUAUACCAGAAUUUAUUUAUACAAGAGUUUGAAUAUCUAAUGAAAAUAUAGUAACAUUAGAAGAAAGAAACUGUCAAGUUUUAGUUAAAUGUGUCCAUUCCACAGAAUCAGUAUUGUGUAGCAUUAUAUUAUAGAGUGUAAGUAAUUAGAUUAUAGGUUGAUAUUUAUUAGUUUUAAGUUUAAUGAACCAGUGAUUUAAUUAUUUGGGACUUUUACUUGGAAACAAGUAAUUAAAUAACCAAGAGGAACAUGUGCAGUGAGAGAAAAGUGAAAUUUACUUGGAAAUGAUGUAGUUUUUCCACAAUCCACAUAAAAAACACUCAGUAUGUUGAAUGGACCCCAAGUAGUUCCAAGAUAGCUGUUAUGUUUCAAAAAAUUGUGUAAUAACUUCUCAGAAUAAAGAUGACAUCAUUAAUUAUCCGACUAAAAAUCCUUUUUGUUUUCCAGUACAGUGAAAAAGGAAAUUUUUUAAUUGCAGAUUUGAUAUCCAUUUUUGUUCUUAGCAUGAAGGAAGGUUCUAAUAUUACAUCAUAUCAGUAUUUCACUGUUCAUGUGAAUCUUAAAUUUUAGUUGGACAGAAGAGCCAGCUUUUCAUCCAGGUUAAUGUUGCCUAAUGGAGGUUUCACUUUUAUUUUGGUGGAUUAUUCCAUUUAAUUUUGUGUGUGUGUGUUCACCCACUUAUAAGUACUUCCUUAGCAAAUGUACAUUUGAGACUGUGGUCUUAAAUUCAAGUUACAAAAUAUGAGAAGUAUUAAUCCUUCCUGAAAUGGCUAGAUCACUAAUAAGAAAUUGUGCUUAAUUUCGAGCCUUGUAGGGUUAUUUGUGGGAGGGUGGAGGAUCAAAACUGUUUGAAUUAAUAUCUUGUUUGUUUGAUAUAUACCUGUUAUAUUCUUUCAUAAUGAGUGUCUGAAACUUUUUAGCUGAACACGAAACUAGUGUUUUAUAUAACUUGCAAUUUUGAAUUAAUGAUCAUAAUAGUUUCCAAGUAAGUAUUAACUUCCAUUUACUUUACUGCCUCGAUACCUGCAAAUUGUUUCAAUGAACAAGCUGGGUAUUUUUUCAAAAAUUUAAUCUCACCUGUGUUUCACAAUCACAUUUACAAAAAUUGGUACACUUUGAUGGUUCUAGAUAAAUGGGGACUUAAUGCACAAACAUUGAUAUAUUAUUACAAAUAGUAGUUACAUUCAUAUUAAUUUAAUGGGGUAUGAGCUCAAUAAGCACAAUGGUUUCCUGUUGUGCUUUUUUCAAACUUCAAAAGAGUCCAACCACUAAAUAGAUCUGCAGGUUAAUCCAGACUAAAACCAACUGGCCAAUAUUUAAUCAUUUUUAACCCAGUAGGAAAAAAAUGAAAAAUUUCCAUAAAAGAAACGAAAUUGGAGGAAACCAGUUUAUUCCCUGUUGGAAUUUUCUUUGGUUUAUAUUUUUUUCCUGUGUUCUGGAAACCCAUUUUUCAAUAUCUUUUUUUUAGAAUCAGUUCAAAAGUCACAAUUGUCACAAAAGUAAUACAUGAAUAUUUGAAAUGUGAAGUGUAACUAUAAAAUGUAGUUUUUAUAUUUACAAGGACAAUAAAUGUUCCUAAUGUCUUUUUGAAAAAUAUAAUUACUGUAUUUAAACAUAAUCACUUGUUACUUUAUAAACCCUUGUAUCAUCCAUCUACUUCGACUAUGAUCCAACCCAAGAGGAGUGAUGAAACAGAAACAUGUCCAAGUAAUUAUAAGCUCAGUUGCUUGAAUACUGUGGUUUAUAACCUUUGUUUAACUGAGGAUUAUGCAUAUUCAGUUAUAAGAAGGUAAAAAUUACUUCUUGAAAUGUGAAACAUACAAAGCAUGUAUUUAUUUAAUGUCUAACAAAAUUCCUGUUUUUUUUUGUGUGUAUUAUAACAAGUAUGUUGGUAAUGUUGUACUUGUAGUUUUACUUUUAGUCCUUCUAUUUGUAUGUCUUUCCUUGAUUGUAUGUGUGCUGAACAUCACAGCAAACUAUGUUUGAUCUCUUAUAGGAAAAUCUUAUGACUACUUUUUUUUUAGAUCACACAUCACAGCAAACUAUGUUUGAUCUCUUAAAGGAAAAUCUUAUGACUACUUUUUUUUAGAUUGUAUAUUGGCUUUUUCGUAAUGCUUAUUAUUUGCACAUAUAUAGUAAUGAUUAUACCCCAUUUUACAGGGAUUUAAGUUUGGUUCAAAACCAUGUGAUAGUAUGCAUUAAACAUGUUUAAAUUUG